CUUGUGACGGGUCAUUUCGUACUCCUGUUGUUUUGUUGUGACUUCGUGAUUUGUUUUCAUACACUCAAUUUUUGUUUCUCUCUAGUUUCGCGAAGCCUAUAUUCUGCAGAUUUCUAUCCCAUCACUAAGUUAGAAACUACUGCUGAGGUAGUGUUUUAACUCAGUUCAACAUGUAGAAAUACAUCUUUUUACAGCUGUACUUUCUCUUCUUUUGCCUUCUCAUCAUUAACACAGCUUCGCUGUCAUAAGCUUAACUCUGAUCAAUUCGUGCAAUCCCAAGGAACUAAAAACAAAAGAAAGAUGUCUGGACAACAGUUUUGCUUGCGUUGGAACAAUCAUCAGCCGAACUUUGUCGCAGCCUUUUCGAGUCUGCUAAACAAUGAAUCUUUAGUGGAUGUAACUUUAGCAGCCGAAGGAAAACACAUUCAAGCACACAGAAUAGUCUUAUCAGCAUGUAGUUCAUACUUUCAGACACUUCUUAGUAUGAAUGCCUGCCAACAUCCAAUCGUAAUCUUGAAGGAUGUCCGGUACAAAGAUCUCAAAACGUUGGUGGAGUACAUGUACUAUGGUGAGGUCAAUGUUUGCGAGGAUCAACUACCUGCCAUCUUAAAGACUGCAGAAACGCUGCAAAUCAAAGGUUUGACAGAAAUGCCGGAAGAGAAGAUUUCUCUGAACAAAACCAUUACCCUAUCGACCGAAACUCCGACCACAUCCCCUUGCGCUAUCCGCAGAAAGCGAUUCCGGAAAUGCUCAACCAACUCAGGCUCAAGUUCCAUGGAACAAAUCCCAGGUGGUUCAGAAGAAAGUAUCGAAAGGGUUAUCAUUACUUCUCCGUCACCAAGCAGCCUGAAAGCUGAAUCGGCGGACUGCCCCUCUCCUCUGCACAGUCCCAGAGAGUUGAGCAUAGAAUCAGAAACAAAAGACUUGAGUUCCAAAGGAAGCUUUGAUGAGGAUCGCUGUUCUCUGAGUCAGCAACAGUCAAUUGAAUCAAACGACAGUCGUAAAUCAAAUAGAGAAGAAUCGAGGCCUCCUUCAUGCUCAUCACAAGCCUCCUCGCAAGGUACCCUGCGUUCAGUUUCAGUGGACAGCCCAUCGGUCGCUUCGAAGCGUGGGCGACUCCUCAUCCGACAACCAAGAAUCAAGAAAGAAAGUGAUGGUGACCGAGACGAUUUGAGUCCAGAGAAGUACAACUCAGACUUGGGCUUAUCGCCUGGUCCCGUAGCCGCUCCACUCGGCAAUUUGCUAACCGUUCCACAACCGUCUUUUCUUGUAAAACAGCACUCUCAUCCUUUAUUAUUUCCCUCCAGCGCUGGCUCUUCCUCCUCCCCUCAGCUCAACGUCUCGAGUCCAACUGAAACUACCACUCGCUCAUCAAAAAGCUUCGAAGAACUGCGCCGCACCAUGUCAACUCCUCAGUACUCAACAAUUAAAACAGAAUUUGUGCAAGAAGGAGGAAAUCGCUCUGUGCACUGUCCUGUUCUUAGACCUGGUCCAGCCUUAGGUUGCAAUUUCUGUUGGAAUACAAUCGAUGAUCAUGGGCGGAUACUGAGACGAAAAACUAAGUAUCACUGUCCAGAAUGCCGAACCAACUUAUGCAUCGUUCCUUGUUUUCAGGACUACCAUGAAAAAUGUUGCUCUGAAGACAAGGCAGCGAUAGCAAUGAUUACCAGAGCGCAAAGUCCAGUUCCUCUCAGCCCAGGCUCUUCAGUUCCGACGAUUGUCAAGACUCGAUCGGUGUAAAACUUAGCUGAUUAAUCAGAUAGGACUUCUGUUUGUGCUCUCUCUAAAGUUACCAACUCUCAGCGUUAAGAAGCAUUUUGUUCAGAUAUUGCCUCUAAUUGACCAGCUGUCCCAAAUCACUCAUUGUGUCGUUUUGUUCUAUUGCAUCUCAUUAGAUUCAAACCGAAUCUGAGGAGAGUGUGAUGUAUGUAGACAUGAAAUCAAAUGUGGCUGUUGCACAAUUUUUUUAAAAAUAUUCUUCCAGGAAAUGUACAAAAAAGAGAAUACCAGCUUAUUUUGUCUCAAUUUAUAAAAUUUUUAGGUGAACUUUCAAAGUUCAAUUUCAUUUCUAAUUGAAGAAAAUCAUACUUAAAGAUUUUGUGAUGUCACAAAACAAAAAUUGACCACUGUGUAACCCUUCACCUUUUAUUUGCUUUCUGAUCACAAGCGGAAUGAAAGAUUAUGUAGCUUGGCCACGCUUGUAAUACUAUGGUUGUUCGAAGUAAAUGUUUCUGCUUUUUUUCUAAAUGAAAUUAUUUGUUCAGAAUAUAAAUUGCACGGUGGCCAUGUUACAUUGGCUUCACGGUGGAUGGAACCAUGGGUCGUUACUUUUUUUGACGUCAUAAACUUCAGGUCGAUGAGAAGCAUUCUUUGCAUAACUGCAACUUUAAGUCUCUGUUUAUGCGUCAAAAAAGCUAUUAUGAUCUUUUUUAAUGUUGGAAUUGCUAUUCAAGGCAAAUCCUGGAUGAAGCAACAGCCGCAUUGCUUUUUUAAUUUUUAAAGAAAAAUUGGGGAGAACUAGGUCUGCUGCAUAUGUGACAAAAUCGUGUCUUAAUGGUUGAAUCUUUUGCUUUAGCGGGAAAUUAUUUUUUUAAUAAUAUGUACUAUGACUUAAACCCCAAUUUUAAUGGGCAUUUUUGCACUCCUGCCAAUAUAUCUACAUUAAUGUUGGAUGCAGAUACUCGGAAUUUGGAUGGUUCUUACUAUCAAUCGGGCUGCAUUUUGCAACCAGGAAGUACUAUUUCUGGCUCACCCACAAAAGCAUUUGUAUGCGCAGGAAAAUUAAUAUCAUACAUGUUUUUUCUAAAAUAUGCUAGAAAUAGUAGUUCUGUAUUGCCUAAUGUAGUUUAAUUAAAAAUUCAUACCAUUAAGAUGCGAUUUUAAGACAAGUCCAGUCGACACAAUGAGAAUUUUAGUGAUAAUGUCACUAGUUAAUAGAAUUUCCUAAAUUCCCUCUUUGCAACAUCUACCAUUGAUAUGCAUAUCAUUGGUAUGCAUUUUUCUUUCUGUGGUUUCAAACUUUUUAAACUGGAUAAUUUUAACUCACACAAAGAGAGUCAAAAUAAUUGUUAUCUGAACAAAGCUUAGUUGUUUUGUAUCUAUUUUCUUUGAACAAUUCAUAUUCUAAGUUAACAAAUAACUUUAUCAUAUCUUCGACUUGUUGAAUGUUUUGAAAUUUUGAGUUCAAGUGACAUUGACUGUGAUAAUGAUGUUAACAACAAACGUGAACUGUGUAUAUUGCACGUGUAUUUGUUAUAACUGCACGGACUUUCUGUAGGAAGCUGAUUUGUACCCGAAUGCCAAAAUAUAAACAGUCCCCUUUAAAACGUAUGCAGUUCUGUUGUUAAAGUUAAAUUUAAGGGGAUUUGUGUCGUCAUCAUUACCGAAGGUAUGAUUCGUCUCCGUAUCCGUACCUACUAUCAUUGCAACAAAUGAACCCCUCUCUGAUCUCAGUUUAAUAUUUGUUCGAAAAAAGAAAAAGAAGGAAAGAAAAAUUUCAGUUAAUUUAGAGUAACGAGUUUCACUUCUGUGCAUUCUCUUAUUUCAUAUUCAUGUUCUGUAAGCUUUCUUUUUCCAUAGCUUGUUCCACUGGGGAAAGAAUAGAAACAUAUAUCAAUUUUUUGCCAAAAAAUUCAAAGAUUCGUCACUAGAAUUAUUUUAAAAUCUUCUUGUGCACAGUGGGUACCACUUCAUUUGUAGGUCUAUUCUAUACUAUAAUGUUAUUUCGCAGCUCAAGUCGUUUCAAUGUCCUGAUAAUCAGUUUUCCUGCAGAAAAGUCUUGUGUAAAUUAGAGAAGAGUUUAUUCUGGUUUAGUUUUUAUUUUCAAAUGUUUAUUUUAAAUAAAAUUUAUCUAGGAUCUCAAUUAAGUGGUUACUAAAAUUCAGAGAUUUCUUUAUUUAUCGUUUGACGUUUCAUUUACAAUGCUUGGCAUUGGACCCAUGUCUUUAAUUCUCUCUGGAAGAUAUUUAUUUUUAUUUUUUGAACUAACUUUUUUUAAAUUUUUGCCCUUCUUCAUUGCGCUUUCAUAUCAUGCCCCUAAAAGCCUGAUUGUGUUGUUGGUUUUAAUAACAUCUCUUUUCGCAGUGUCUUUAAGGAUUUAACAAACAUUGUUGUGUUUGACGUCAUGAAAUGGGAUCUGCUCCUCAAGGCAGACUCUUUAGCUUAAUGUUUUACAAAAUACUUACUCAAGCUCAAUUCUAUUUACAAUUAAACUUUGUAAAAUUGUUUAACUUUAGUGUCCGUCAAUUUCUCUGUUAUUUUUGCAAAAUUACAAAUGGUUCUUUCCUUGGAAGUAAGAGAUUUUUCCAUUGUUAGUAUCGAAGAAAGACAGUCCUUAAGACCCUAUUUUUGUUGCUGGCUCAGCCAUUUCUUUUUCUAUGUUAUUUUUCUCGUUUAUUUCUUUGUGAUAGACAUCGGACCCUUCCUUACAGGAAAAGUGGUCCCAAUUUAAUUGUCUCUCCUUUUUAAAAUGCAAACCUCAAAUCGCGUACCCCUUUUGUUUUAUUUGACUUCUUUGGUAGGUUCUGCAAUUAGGCAACUGCUACUCUAAGAAGUGGUCCCUUGUUUUUAGGCUCAUAAAUCCCUUCUCCUGUGGAUGGUCUCAGUUGAUGGACAACAUUUUUCACAAGAAAGAAAAGAGACCAGUCAUAAACCUUUUGCCAUAAAAUUUCUUCGUAGUUUGUCGUAUGUAAUCAUAAAUUCUUUGUGAGAUUCACUGUUGCUGUAUUUGUCACAAGCUUUCACUAGUCUUGCUGUAAAUCUUGAAAUAACUAAUUGUCUGAAAUUCCCUAAUUUAGAUUCAUGGCAAAUGUCUCUUCGAUUCUGGUUGCUCUAUCUUCCUCUCUUCCUUUCAUUACCAAUUUUGGCCAUGCUUUUUGUUGAUAAAUUAUUGUUGAAGAUUGUUUUGUUCGAUUUUAUCUUUGUUGUAUCCAAAUUCGCUCUGUUUUAUUUUUAAAGUUUUCUGUUCAAUUUUGAAAGUUUAUUACUGUUAGUAUUGAUACUGAUACUUCAUCCUCUAUCUUCAAAUCAAAAUUGAUGCCUUCUAAAUACCUCUGUAGAUUUCCCCCAAUUGUUCAUUCACCACCAUAAUUUAAACAUUUUAACCAGAAUCGCAUUUUUAAAUGCUUCAGUCUCUGUUGUCUGAAUUUUACCUUGUCUAGUUGUCCGUUUUUGCUUCAACAUUGAUUCUUACCAAUUUCAUGGAAAGACGAAGAUCAGUUUGAGGUAAAGUAUCAAAUCCAUAGAUAGUUUGUUACUGCUUUUAUAAAAUCCUGAAGUCCAGAGAAUUUUUCAGUAAUUUAACAUUUGAUCAAUCAUGAUGAAAAACAAGUUUCUGUUACCGUCGAUCAAAUUAUUCCUUGCCUUCUUCUGUAGAAACAUCAGUGACUUACCUAAAUUUUUCAAAUCAUUUGUGUUUACUUUUAAAUCAUUGACUUGUCUUGAAAAAUGUUUAGCGCACAUUUGGAUGUAUGUACAAGUAUAAGGAAAAAAUGAUCCUUGCAUUUUAUUGUAGAUAAGAUUUUGUUAAGUGUCGUGUUAAUGCCUCCAGGUUUUGCUUCUCUCUUCUUUGAUGGAAUGUCUCAAGGGUAAAUCCAGGUAUCAUAUGAACGGUGGCAUAACUGAAACUGUGCCUGGAUUUGCUCUAAUUUUUAGGUGAUGCAAAAAAUUGAGAUGACCCCCUUUCUAAAUACUCACCCUUAGGAAAGAAGACUUUGCAAAUUGAAAUAGAUCAUUCAUGAAGAGGUUAAAAAAGUUCUCUCGUCAAAAACUUUGUUCCCUAAAGUUAUAUUCCAUUAAACCCCUCUAACUGAGAAAUCAGAAGUUUUUUUUUUCUCCCUCUGCGCCUGUUAUUGCAUUCAGACAGAAGCCAAGAUCACAAUAUGGCAGUGCGUUUCUUUAAAAUGAAAGUAUAAUUAAAUGGCCAAGAAUCAAUGAACAAACCAAUCAGUAUAUUUUUGUAUCAAAUCGUCUAUUUUUGAAGAAGAAAACCAAAUUGAUAAAGAGAGUGUAUAUGUAUUUUUAUACUUUAGCUUACUAGCUUUAAAAUUGUUAUAUGUACGUCUGUAAAAUGUACUCUUGACUCACAACUAUCGAUUAAAUUUUUUGUCCUUUACAAGUUAA